GCUGCCGGGCUGCGAACGGUUGGCGCGGGCCGGGUCCGCGCGCGCCGGCAGAAUGUCCCUCGGCGCCUGCUGUGUCAUCUGUUGCAGAAGAAUGGGGACUUCGACUCCUCCACCCAAAAGCCGCCCCUCCUGGAGAGAGCUCCGUAAUAUAAUAAAACUCACUGGAUCUCUUAUUUUAGGAGGCUCUUUAUUUCUUACAUACGAAGUUCUGGCCCUGAAGAAGUCUUUAACAAUAGAUUCUCAAGUGGUUGAAAAAGAGAAAAUGAAAUCAUAUAUAUAUGUGCACACAGUUCCUUUAGACAGAAGAGAAAAUCAUGGCAUUGCUUGCCAGGCAAGGAAAGAACUUCACAAGACAGUAAGAAAAAUAUUAACAGCAUCUGCCAAGAUAUUUCGGAGUCCAUUCUCUGACACUUUCAGCACUGUGGAUGUAGAGGAUCACGAAUGUUCAGUGUGGCUGCUCCUGAGGAAGAGCCGGUCAGCUGAUAGGGCUGCACGCCUCGAGGCCGUGAGAGAAAUGUCAGAGGCCUGCCACUGGCACGACUACCAGUAUAGAAUAAUUGCCCAGGCCUGUGACCCAAGCACCCUGAUUGGUCUGGCCCGAAGCAAAGAGAGUGAUCUUCGCUUUUUUCUCCCACCACCUCCUUUGCCGUCUGUAAAAGAAGACUUUUCCAUCGAAGAAGAGCUCAGACAGUUGCUGGCUUCUUUGCCUCAGACAGAGCUAGAUGAGUGCAUCCAGUAUUUCACGUCCCUGGCUCUUAGUGAAAGCAGUCAGAGCCUGGCUGCUCAGAAGGGUGGAUUGUGGUGUUUUGGAGGAAAUGGACUUCCUUAUGCUGAAAGUUUUGGAGACGUUCCUUCAGCUACCGUGGGAAUGUUCUGUUUAGAAGCUAUAGUGAAACAUUCUGAGAUCUCCUCGCACUGCGAUCACAUUGAAGCCCACGGAGGCUUGCAGCUCCUGCAGAGACUGUACCACCUCCACAAGGACUGCCCCAAAGUGCAGAGGAACAUAGUGCGGAUCAUUGGGAAUAUGGCCUUGAAUGAACAUCUGCAUCCUGCUAUAGUCCGCUCAGGCUGGGUUUCCAUAAUGGCAGAAGCCUUGAAAUCCCACCUCAUUGUAGAGGCUUCCCAUGCUGCCAGAACCCUGGCUAAUCUAGACCGUGAAACCGUGCAGGAGAAAUACCCGGAUGGCGUGUACGUGCUCCAUCCCCAGUACCGAACCAGUCAGCCCAUUAAAGCCGAUGUCCUUUUUAUUCAUGGCCUUAUGGGAGCAGCAUUCAAAACGUGGCGCCAGCAGGACAGUGAGCGGGUUUUGACUGAAAAGGCUUUGGAGGAUGAAGACAGGUACACGACAUGCUGGCCCAAGACAUGGCUAGCAAAAGACUGUCCUGCUCUUCGAAUUAUAUCUGUGGAGUAUGACACCAACCUCAGUGACUGGCGAGCCAGGUGUCCGAUGGAAAGAAAGUCCAUUGCAUUCAGAAGCAACGAACUUCUUAGCAAGCUCAGAGCUGCUGGUGUUGGGGAUAGGCCAAUGAUUUGGAUAUCACAUAGCAUGGGAGGUCUUCUUGUCAAAAAAAUGCUGUUGGAAGCCUCUAAGAAGCCAGAACUUAGUACUUUUAUAAAUAAUACCAGAGGAAUAAUUUUUUACAGUGUACCUCACCAUGGAUCACAUUUGGCUGAAUACUCUGUUAAUGUGCGGUAUCUUCUCUUUCCGUCUUUGGAAGUCAAAGAACUCAGCAAGGAUUCUCCUGCACUUAAAACUCUACAGGAUGACUUUCUGGAGUUUGCAAAAACCAAAAACUUCCAGGUGCUGAAUUUUGUGGAAACACAGCCAACGUUUAUUGGCAGCAUGAUCAAACUGCACGUGGUGCCCGUGGAGUCAGCAGACUUAGGUAUUGGAGAUCUAAUCCCUGUGGAUGUGAACCACUUGAACAUUUGUAAGCCAAAGACAAAGGAUGCCUUUUUAUACCAGCGUACUGUGCAGUUCAUCCGGGAAGCUUUGGGCAAAGACCUUGAAGACUGAUGGCCAUCUUCCUCCGUUUUCAUAUGAAUACAGUGCAAGAAACUUGGUGUCUCUUUGUCUCCAAGCUGUGAGCCUCCCUGCGGACUGUUGUUAUAGCAUCAGCUUGGUCUGGAAGCAUACAGACAGCAGAAUGUGGCUGUCUGCGCAGACACUGGGAAGUCCCCAGGUACACAGAGCUCAUGGUCAUGGGGGAAGGACUAGCUUGGGUUCCUGUGGCUUAAAGAACCCCCACUCCCUCCCCAGUGCUGAGCCUGGGGGCUGGGGUGGAGGCUGCUGUGAAUAGAGGGAACUUCCACGUGAAACUGUCCUGACAGGCCACUGAGCUCACCUGACAGCGUCAUUAGGAGAGGUCUUAAGACAGAGAGAACCAGCUAGAACACAAAAAGACUUUUUCUCCUGGGUAUCCAUGUGUUGUAUAUUUUCUAGAUGUCAGUUUUGAAACCUUUUGAAUUUUCAGUUAAGUCUUUGAUACGGUAUCUCUGGCCUUCACUAGGCCUGUUGUCACUCAUGUUGUAGUGCAUGUCAUGAGUCACUCCUUGGUUAAUUCUGUUUGCAUGUUGCUGAGAGCAGUCUUUCUUCAAGAACAGUGUUUCUUGGUUGUGGCUGGUUAUUCUUGUGACGUGCUUCAGAGGAGAAAGCAGCUAGCCCAGCACUGACCACAGUGGAGAAGACCCACUUGAGCUGUCGUAGUUUAGCAGUGGCUAGUAUCAGGAGUCUCUGUGGCCAAAUAUUUUUUUAUUUACUUUUAUUUAUUUAUUUGCAAGCAGAGAGCAAGAGAGAGAGAGAAGAGACAGAGAAUGGGCAUGCCAGGGCCUGUAGCCACUGCAGACGAGCU